AUGUGCGGGCUUGCUGCCGAGCUCUCAAGCCUGGAUGGCAUCAAGUACUCCCUUUCCGCGGACGAUAUUAGCAUAUUGAGUGUCGGUGGCUGGGAGUGCUGCGUGGAGAGCUCCCUUCAGGAGGCCGUCGACUGUGUUGAAGUAUACAUCAAGGAAAUGGGUCUCAAGAUCUCGCCGUCAAAGUCCGAACUUCUUUUAUAUCGGCCCACGAGAGGGGGUCUUAAACCCAAAAACUGGAAAGCACUGGCCGACGUCGACAUUAGGCUGCACACGGCUGCGGGGAAACGGAUCCCGAGGGUGGAGUUUAUACGUGUUCUCGGCAUGAUCAUCCAAGCCAAUGGACAGAACGGCCGUAUGAUCGACCGUCUGACUUCCAAUGCGGAAGGGGUCAUCCGAUUAAUCGCUAGGAUCUCCAACAAUCGAGGUGGUCUUCGGGAGGAAAACCUCCUCAGACUGUUUCAUGCCUUAUUGAUGAGCCACAUAUACUAUGUCGCAUCCAUGCACAAGUGGCAACGCCACGAGAGGACUAAAUUAAACACUCAAAUUCGAAAAAGCAUCAAGAUAGUCGUAGGUCUUCCGAUGCGCACGGGCACGAGACACUGA